AUGAUUGUGAUAUGUUUAAAAGUGAUUUUUCUGCAAGUUUUUUUCUAUACCCAAAACUUGGCAGCUGUUCUAUCCGACCCGAAAAGAACCAGAUCUGAAGUUUCUGCUUUUUUCACACGUCAUUGGGGAGAACAAUUUGUACCUAGAAAAACUAUCCCUCCAGCACAAACAAUCCCGUCAAUUUCUUUGGAACAUUUUCGACAAUAUUUGGCAACUACAGCAAAGAAGCAUAAACAAUAUUUGAAGGCGAGAAGGGCACUUAGACAAAAACAAACGCAACAAAAUGGGGAAGAAGAACGGAUAUCGAGGGAUGAAGUGGCUGAUAUUUUCUUUUCUCCAACAUUUUCUCGCCAUACACAACAUACUUUUGAGGCUGUGUUUUUGGAGCCUAAACCUGGAGAAAUUGAUAAUUUAUUUUCUCCAAUAGAAAAAAGAAAAGAAGCUUUAAGACAACAACAAAAUCAAAAUCCGUUUAUUGAAAGGCAUGAAAGUUGUGGAUCUCUUUAUUCUAUUCAAAGUGGGCAACAACAACAAUCAUCAUUACCAAUAGAAGCAAGUAAUGGCCGUUUUUUCCGUGCUUGUUUACGUUUACAAAAUAAAUUGGAAUUUUUUGAUGAUGCAAUAAGUACUUUAUUAAAUCAACAAUUGGAAAAUCGAAGUGAACAAUUUUGGAAAAGUGUAAAUUCUUAUGAAGCUUUGCAUGACGAUUUGGAAGAAUCUAUUGAAAGAAUUAAAAUUGCUAGGUUUUUUUAAAUUAAAUUCUAUUUUUUUUUUUGGAAAAAAAUAUUUUUUGGGAAUUUUAAAUUAUUUGGGGAAAAAUACUUGGAAUUGGGGGAUUUUUAAAUUUAUUUUUUGUAAAUUAUUUUUUUUUGGGAUUUUUUGUGUUUAAUAGGAGAGCGUUUUUUACUUGCUAUAUUUUUUCUAGUAAUUGGAGAUUAAAAAAAAAUUUUUUUAUAAGGGAUCAUUUUGAAGUUUUACC